GAGCAGGAUUCACAACUUACAGUCUCGUGAGAGAAAGAGUCGACCUCAGGUGUCUGGAGAUCUUAGUCAGGUAGUAUACGGUUCAAUACUCAACUCUACGGCAUACAUACCCACCGCCGCCGCCGCAGUAUGUCCCCACCAGCACUACGCCCCGGAUAUCCCCUCGCCUGGCGCGCGGGCAGCGUCCUCCUCGCCGGAGGGGGCCUCUACGCCACCUACAGCCUUUUCGCCCAGCGCGCGCACGCAGAGUCCCCCGAAGCCCAGGCACCAGCCCCGACCCCGCGACCGGUCUUCUCCCGGUUCGGCCCAACCACGCUGCGGGUGCAGGCCGUGCAGGAGGUCAACCACAACAUGAAAAAGCUGGUGCUGGCGUACCCCGACCCAGAAGCGAAAAGUGGACUCCAACCGAUCUCCUCCCUGAUAACCCUAACCCAUCCCCCGGGCCGCUGGCUCCCGCUCCCCCGGCCAUACACCCCGAUCAGCGAUCUGGACGAAAAAGGCCACCUCACCCUCCUGAUCAAAAAAUACCCCCACGGCCGCGGCAGCAGCUACCUCCACGCCCUCCAACCAGGCGACUCCCUGACCGUCCUCGCCGCCCGGAGGGGGUACCAGCACCAAGAACCCAACCAAUUCUCGCACGUGUACCUACUCGCCGGCGGGGCGGGCAUCACGCCGUGCUACCAGCUCAUCCAGACGAUCCUGAAGGAUCCAGCGGAGAACACGAAGCUCACGCUGCUGUUUGGGGGGAAUACCGAGGCGGAUUUGGUGCUGAGGGAGGAGUUGGAGGUGUUGGCGCGGGGGUUUCCGGAUAGGUUAAGGGUGGUGUAUACUGUUAGUCAGGGGAGGGAUGUAGGGGGGAGCGGGGGCCAGGGGGAGGGCAAGGGGAAAGGGGAGGUGAAGGAAGGGCGGAUUGAUGAGGCGUUGCUGCGGGAGAAUAUUUUAGACAGUGCGGGCAGGGUGAAGGUGUUUGUGAGUGGGCCGCCGGGGAUGGAGAAGGCGCUGGUCGGGGGUAAGGGGGAGGAGGGGGUGUUGCAGAAGCUGGGGUUUGGGAAGGAGCAGAUUCAUCGGUUCUAGGGGUGUCUGUAUUGUGUGUUUUUCUUGGGAAAGGUUGUCCAGUGAAUGACUGAGAACAAGUGUCAGGAAUUGGUUGCGAUGUGGACUGUGAGUAAUGCUGCAUACACUCCGGCGUAUGUGCAAUAUGUGGGAGAAUGGUGGUUGGUGUCUUUGCACAUAUAGGGUACAAACAAUGCUAGUAUCAGGGAAGCGUGCCCUAUGGCUUGGCCGGAUAGCUCUUCCUCGGUUUCACUGUCAGACUGAAAGCACCCGGGGUUAAGGAUGCUUGAAGCGU